GACUGAGCAGCCAGGCGCGAGCGAAAACAAACAGCUGGGGCUGCGAGCGCCCCCGCCCCGGCCCGGAGAGCACGCCGGCCCGGGCCCCCACUCAGGGCGCCCACCCGCCCACCAUGAGGAAGAUCCGCGCCAAUGCCAUCGCCAUCCUGACCGUAGCCUGGAUCCUGGGCACUUUCUACUACUUAUGGCAGGACAACCGAGCCCACGCAGCAUCCUCCGGCGGCCGAGGCGCGCAGAGGGCCGGUGGGAGGCCGGAGCAGCUCCGCGAGGACCGCACCAUCCCGCUCAUUGUGACAGGAACACCCUCGAAAGGCUUUGAUGAGAAGGCCUACCUGGCGGCCAAGCAGCUGAAGGCUGGAGAGGACCCCUAUCGGCAGCACGCCUUCAACCAGCUGGAGAGUGACAAGCUGAGCCCAGACCGGCCCAUCCGGGACACCCGCCAUUACAGUUGCCCAUCUGUGUCCUACUCUGUGGACCUGCCGGCCACCAGUGUCAUCAUCACCUUCCACAAUGAGGCCCGCUCCACCCUCCUGCGCACGGUGAAGAGUGUCCUGAACCGCACUCCCGCCAGCCUGAUCCAGGAAAUCAUCUUAGUGGACGACUUCAGUUCAGACCCUGAAGACUGUCUGCUCCUGACCAGGAUCCCCAAGGUCAAGUGCCUGCGCAACGACCGGCGGGAAGGGCUGAUCCGGUCCCGAGUUCGGGGGGCAGAUGUGGCCGCAGCUGCCGUCCUCACCUUUCUGGACAGCCACUGCGAAGUGAACACCGAGUGGCUGCAGCCCAUGCUGCAGCGGGUGAAGGAGGACCACACCCGCGUGGUGAGCCCCAUCAUCGAUGUCAUCAGUCUGGACAAUUUUGCCUAUCUUGCCGCGUCCGCGGAUCUUCGCGGAGGAUUCGACUGGAGCCUGCAUUUCAAGUGGGAGCAGAUCCCUCUUGAGCAGAAGAUUGCCCGGACAGACCCCACCAAGCCCAUAAGGACGCCCGUCAUAGCCGGAGGAAUCUUCGUGAUUGACAAGUCCUGGUUUAACCACUUGGGAAAGUAUGAUGCCCAGAUGGACAUCUGGGGGGGAGAGAAUUUUGAGCUCUCCUUCAGGGUGUGGAUGUGCGGUGGGAGCUUGGAGAUCGUGCCCUGCAGCCGGGUGGGCCACGUCUUCAGGAAGCGGCACCCCUACAACUUCCCUGAGGGCAAUGCUCUCACCUACAUCAGGAAUACCAAGCGCACUGCAGAGGUGUGGAUGGAUGAAUACAAGCAAUAUUACUACGAGGCCCGGCCCUCGGCCAUCGGGAAGGCCUUCGGCAGUGUAGCCACGCGGAUCGAGCAGAGGAAGAAGAUGAACUGCAAGUCCUUUCGCUGGUACCUGGAUAACGUCUACCCAGAGCUCACUGUGCCAGUGAAGGAAGUGCUUCCCGGCAUCAUCAAGCAGGGCGUGAACUGCUUAGAGUCCCAGGGCCAGGACACGGCUGGUAACUUCCUGCUUGGAAUGGGGAUCUGCAGAGGGUCUGUCAAGAACCCCCCAGCGCCCCAGGCAUGGCUGUUCAGUGACCACCUCAUCCAGCAGCAGGGGAAGUGCCUGACUGCCACCUCCACCUCCGUCUCCCCCGGGUCCCUGGUCACACUGCAGGUGUGCAACCCGAGAGAAGGCAGGCAGAGAUGGAGGAGAAAAGCCUCUUUCAUCCAGCAUUCGGUCAGUGGCCUCUGCCUGGAGACCAAGCCCUCCCAGCUGGUGACCAGCAAGUGCCAGGCUGACGCCCCGGCCCAGCAAUGGCAGCUGUUGCCGCACACAUGACGGGUCUGAACCUCAGCUCUGGACUGGAGCUACCAUCCACGUGAGCUGCCGUGCCCCUCUCCCUCCCUGGUGUGCCUAAACUGCCAUCGUCCUGCUCUCUCCAUGUGGCCCUUGGGGCCAGGAGCCAAGUGUCCACGGUCCGCAGCGCCCGCCAUGGAGGGCUCUCAGUGGCUUCCCCUCAUCUCCUGGCUCUCAGCAGCAUCCUCUCAGCAGUGCUCCUGUGCCCCAGUGUGCACCCCCUGGGUUCACCAGCGUGGGGCCCUUGGCCAGCCUUCUCCCGUCCUCCGUUGUGAUGUUUCAUCUGCCACCAUCUCCGUGGUGUGUGUCCACUCCAGUGGGCAGCGUGGACCUUUGGGGAUGGGGAGCGUGGGCUUCUCUCACUGAAUGUAAGAGGACUACUUCUCAGAGAGCCUUCGAGAGGCCCCCCUCCCUGUGGUCAGACCAGGCUCGGCAUGUGUCAGUGUCCUUUGUGGGACUCAGCCCUAUUCCGUUUUGCUUUUCCUCUUCUUGACCAAAGCAUGUGCCACUAGCUGUCCCUGAGGACCUUUUCUUUAUGGAACACACACCUGGAAUAAAACCACUUCUCAUGUGUACACAU